UCGAAUAAGCUCCAACGCCACUAUCAGGCAAGCAAAGGUCAAGUUGUACAUCAAGACGAGUAAGAAUAGAGCAUUAAACAUCACUAGUUUUGCUGAAAUCUUUGCGCUUUGCAACUCAAAAAAGCACCAUUAACUCCUAUCUGAAAAGGAAAAAGCGCCAUUAACUCCAACCAUGAGCAUCUUUUAUCAUGAGGAGGAAGAGGUACCAAACCCUUCAAAAAGGUGCAAAUUUCUUGCUACAUGUCUGAUGGAUGCGUUUUCCAACUGCAAUAUGUCCCGACGGCUUCAAACUGCGAGCCCAGAAGCAGAGGGUCACCCAGCAAGUGAUGACUUUGAUGAUGAACAGGAACUAAUUGUAUCUACAAUUCGGAGCCGUGCAAUGGAAAAGCUGAAGCGCAAGCCGAGCGGUUUGAGUUUGACAGAUAGCUUCUCCUGGGUCUACUCUACGAAAACUGGAGAAUUAUUCAUAACUCAGAAUGGAGUGCAAAAAAAAGAGGAGUGUGAAGAUGAAGAAGCUGAUGAGACUGAAGAGUUUUUAACAGUGGCAAGUUGCUUCUCUUGCUGCUCAUCAAGUGCUGCUGCAAGUAAGGAUGUGUUUCUCUCUGUCAAGACAAGCCUUUCAAGAUGUUCGAGCCUUGAUGGUUUUGAGUUCAACUUCAACGAUUUUCAGAAGAGGCAGUCCAUAAUUCAACAGCUGUGCCAUUGUGAGGGUUGGCCGUUUGGUCUCUGCCGAAAGGCUGUGUUGCUUCCACCUCUGCCCAAGUCUCCAUCUGAGUCGUGGACAUGGCGCAAAGGGAUUGCAACAAAAUCGAAGAGCUUACCCUCCAAAUCACACACAAGCUGAAACACCAAAUCUAGUGCCUACUUAGAAACGCAUGCGUAUGCUGAAUAAGAAUGCAAUUACAAUUACAAUUACAAUUACAAUAAAGUUUCCCUGUAAUACCAUAUGAUCCAUUUCAUUGUGAUCACUGGAAAUUCUACUAGUUAAUGUAGUACUGACACUGUAGUACUCUUUGAUAAGAUAUUUAUCAAAUAUGGAAUUCUACAAGCAGAUAAUAG